AUGAAUUCGUAUUUCGAGCAGUCCGGCUUCUACGGACAUCCCCAUCAAACCACCGGCAUGGGCAUGACCACGGCCGCUCACCACGACCAGAGCGCCACGGCGGCGUACCGGGGCUUCCCGCUCUCGCUGGGCAUGUCGCCCUACGCCAACCACCACCUGCACCAGUCGCGCUCGCAGGAGUCGCCCUACGACGCCUCCAUCUCGGCGGCCUGCAGCAAGAUCUACGACGGCGCCUACAACAAGGACUGUGCCAAAUCCGCCGCCACAGGUGCCGGCAGCGGCGGCAGCGCCGAGACCAACGGCUACAAGGACGUGUGGAACACAUCCUCGAGCGGCAGCACCGGCCAGAACGCCUCCGUGCCCGUGCGCCCGUCCGCCUGCACCCCGGACUCGCGGGUCGGCGGCUACCUGGACGCGGCCGGCGGCAGUCCCGCCAGCCGCGGCGGCUCCGGCGGCGUCUCGGGCAGUGCCUGGAACGCCAACUGCUCCAUCACGGGCGCCAGCUCACAGGGCGCCACCACGGGCCUCCAUCAGCCGUCGAACCACACCUUCUACCCCUGGAUGGCUAUCGCAGGUAAGAGAUACUCAGAAUCUCUUGCGGGCUCAUUGCUUCCAGACUGGAUAGGUGCCAACGGCUUGAGACGGCGGGGUCGGCAAACGUACACGAGGUACCAGACACUGGAGCUGGAGAAGGAGUUCCACACAAACCACUAUCUGACGCGGCGGCGGCGGAUCGAGAUGGCCCACGCCCUCUGCCUCACGGAGCGACAGAUCAAGAUCUGGUUCCAGAAUCGCCGGAUGAAGCUGAAGAAGGAGAUCCAGGCCAUCAAGGAGCUCAAUGAGCAGGAGAAGCAGGCGCAGGCCCAGAAGGCGGCGGCGGCCGCCGCGGCGGCAGCCCAAGUCAUAUCGGAUCAGUAAGGACGGCCCUACCAAUACAGUAAGUUGUGAAUAGGCAACCCACAUACACACAUAACACAUGAUUUGAGAGACAAAAGCAGUGAACAUUUCUAAGAUAGUGAAGCCUAGCGUAAAUUAUAUAAAUGUAAAAUAUACCAAUAUAAAUUAUUUAUUUAUCAAAGCAAGAAACGGACGUCUGAGGACAAUGUGAAAAUUAUACGGCGACAGGCGGAAGAAUCACAUGAGAUUGAAGCAUAAAGUUAAUGUUCUAAGUGUCAUAUUGAAUUGAUAGGAGUGACUUUCUUCUGGUCGAUUUGCUGGGACAUUUUCCAUCCCCAUUCCUCGGCCACACUCGAAGGCGCUCCUAUCUCUUUCUCUCCACGCCCCCCCCCCCCCUCCCAAACUAAACCGAGCAUGAAGUGGAAGAAGUAAAAAAAGCGUAGACUUAAGAAUCGUGUGGCAAUAUUAAAUUAAUUAGUAAGAAAAAGUAUAUGGAAUAUUCACAGAACAAAAUAUUUUCAUCAACUUCCCGUCUUCGGCUAUUUAUUGAUUUUUUUUUGUGCGCGCGAAAAAGGGCAGAAAACUGUACAAAAUAGGGUACCAAAAAAAACCACAUUUAUGUUGACUUUCAAAGUGUGUGAAUUUUAUUGGAUGAUUCUGUGCACAAUUCUACGACAAAUUUUUAUCACUCCAAAUUUAAGUUUGACGACUUUUCUUUUCUCUCUCGCAAUUUUGCAAAUCAAUGGUGAUAUAUAUUUUUAUUAAAUGAUAUUUGCCUGUUGAGUUUUAUUCCCAACUUCACAAAAGAAGAUCCAAUAAGAAUUCAUGUGAGUUUGUGAGAGCGAUGAAAUACUCUUUUGUAUUUAGGUGUAACUAACUGAGAAACUUUUGUAAAGAAUUUACUUCUUAUAGGUUUAUUUUGUUGAAUUUUUUGUUUAUAUUUUUGUAAUGUGUAAAUGGAAUUUUUAUCAUGUCUUCUUUUUCCUCGUGUUUCCUCUCAAAAAUAAGAAUAAUGCGAACCAGAAGUAAACGAAACUCACACACACACACACAUUUUAUCGUUUGGAUAAUAUCGCAAAGGAUUCCUUUUGUUGAAGCCGCCAAAAAGUGAACAAGAAAAAUUAUUGAAUGAAGAAAAAGUAUAUGGAAAAGAUUAAGAAGUAAAAAAUUUUUAGAAGUGGACAUCUAAAUAAAAUAUAUAAAUAAAAUAUAUAUUAUAAAUUUUAUUAUGUAUAAAAGGAAGUAUUAAAGCGCCCCAGUGAAUGUGAAUCCGCAUCUGUGUAAAGUGUAUAUUUUUGCUAUCAGAAUGUUUGCAAUAAUUAUUUAUUGUCAUAAAAAAAAUAGAAGAAUAAUUGUGAAAAAAUUAAAGACAUUCUCAAGAGAUGAGAUUCGCGAAAAUACACACUGAUGAUUCAGCUUUCAGAAUUCAAUCAACUACAGAAGAUUUUCCUGGACAUUUGAGCAUAGCAUUUUCUCGAUAGAGCUUUAACUUAUUUUAGCUUGCGCUUCUUCAUCCUGCAAGAGAUUAGUGAGAUGAAAUCGGACCAUUUGUUUAAAGUUGAACGCUGAAGAGAAAGAGCAUGAUAGAGAGUGUUAUGAGAAAUAAAGCAUACGUAAUUAAUGUGACAUGUAUAAAAUAUAACGAAAAUACGUAAUGAAAGUGAUUUAUUUGGUCUCUCUCUGCUGAAAAUAUAUUUCCAAAAUAUUGAAUAAAUUCGCCCACAAGGAAAUUCUGUGACGACGAGGAGAUGAAAUGGGCAGAAGUACUUAAAAAAAAGGUGGUUUACGUUGAAGGAGAUUAACACGAGUCCCACUAAAAAUAUCCUUUCGAUGGAAGAAACGCCCAGAUACACAUUUUAGCGUGUAGUGAGUGAGAGUGAAUGAAUCCCUCCUUAGAAAUUCAGCUCAAUUAGAUGAAGUUUUAGUGCCAUAGAAGAAGACAAGAAGAUGGAGUGAGGAGAUAAAGAAAAACUUCCAAAAUAGUUGUAAAGAAGCCACUUUAUUGCAGUCUUUUCACAUGAGAUUCAUUGCAUUUUAUAAAUCAGAGUCAUUUCCUUGCAAAAACUUCUUUCAUUUCUCAUGAGGCAUCAUCCAUCCCGCGUUCCUCAAAAACUAAAAGACACUGCAGCUAAUUAAAACCCAUAUUUAGAUGACUUAGCCAAAAUUUAGAUACUCUUCUUUUGCAUAAAGGAAAAAAAAGGUUAUUUUCAAAAAUUUUGAGGCAUUGUACAUUUUUUACGUGAGAAAUCUUUUGCGAACUUCACCUUGGCGACAAGGUGGAUUUUCAAAAAUUUCCCUGCAUACAGUAUGUAUACUAAAUUGAGAAGAAAUAGAAAACCUUUGGAGAAACUAGUAAAAAAAAAGGAAAACACUAUUUUUUAGGUCACUAGAAAUAUUUGUGGAGGAGAAGAGAAGGAGUAAACAAAGUGGAGAUGCUCCAGAAAGAAGGCAUUCACAGCAGAGAAUAAAAGAUUUGUAGUCGUUUUAUUAGGAAUCUUAAGAAGAACAGACAUAAUUUUACUAGAAAUGACACACAAAAGAAGUGAAAGAUAUUGAGGAAUUAUUUGAAAUACCUUCAGAAUGUAUACGUAAAGAACAAAAAAGUCUAUCUUUUAGAUAAAAAUGGAGAAGAAAAAAAAAUUAAGUGAGAGUGAAACGUUGGUGAAUAUUUUAUCUCACAAGUGGACAAAAUAUAUUUAAAUAAUGAAAUAAAUUGAUAAAGUGAGAUAAAAUAUUAGUUAAUAAUAAGUUAUUUAUAUUAUUAUUGAGAUGGAGUAAGCCAGAAAGCGGGCAUUGCAAUUCAUGGUCGAUGCCCGGGAAAUUACUUGGAUGAUGGAAUAAAAGUGAAGUAUUAUAAGGUGUAAAUUACAAGAAAUGUGGACAGAAGGCUCCCGAACGGAAGAGGAGGAACACUAAUGAGAUUUUUGUGAAACAUGCAGUAAAAUUUAAGAAGUUGAAAGAGAAAAUUUCUUUGUCAAUAAAAACUAAUAAAUGGA